ACGCAGGGUGCGCGCCUCAUUCGCUGCAAACAUGGCUGCGCAGGACGAACUCAAUCAGCUGGAGCGAGUCUUUCUCCGCUUGGGGCUUGCAGAAACAGACGAGCAGCUGCAGGACAUCAUAUCCAAGUUUCUCCCUCCGGUUCUGCUCAAGCUGUCAAGUGUGCAGGAGGGAGUGCGGAAAAAAGUAAUGGAGUUGCUCGUUCACCUGAAUAAGCGUAUAAAGAGUCGUCCGAAGAUCCAGCUGCCAGUUGAGACCUUGUUGGUCCAGUACCAGGACCCUUCAGCAGCUUCCUUUGUCACUAAUUUCACCAUCAUCUACAUUAAGAUGGGAUAUCCUCGUCUGGAGGUGGAGAAGCAGUGCGAGCUGGCGCCCACCUUGCUCACCGCUAUGGAGGGGAAGCCUCAACCACAGCAGGACUGCCUGAUGCAUCUACUGAUCCCGACCUUGUUCCACAUGAAAUAUCCCUCCGAGCCGUCAAAAGUUGCCUCUCCCUUUGUCCUUUUCGAGAAGCCAAAGACAGUACAUCUGCUCUUAGAUUUCAUGUUAGAUGUUCUGCUGAUGCCUUAUGGGUUUGUGCUGAACGAGCCAGCCGGCCGCUCUGCUCCAGCAUCCCCUCAGGCUGGCUCAGGAGGAGCGGGGACCAGCGCCAGCCAAGGACUUCCCCAGCCACCCCCAGGCAUGAGCGUGUAUGCUGCCAAGAGGGUCAUUGGAGAAACCCAGUGGAGCCCAGAGCAGCUGGAGCAGUGCAAGCUGGGAGUAGUGAAGUUCAUUGAGGCAAAGCAGGUUCCUGAGGUGGAGACCGUCAUUCAUCUCGUCAUCGCUUCCAGUGACACCCGGCACAGCGUCGCCACGGCAGCCGACUUGGAGCUGAAGAGCAAGCAGAGCAUCAUUGAUUGGAACAACCCUCUAAUAAUUAACAAGAUGUAUAAGGUUUACCUGGGUGACAUUCCUCUCAAAACAAAGGAGGGCGCGGCCAUGAAGCCGGAGUUAAAGCGAGAACCUGUGAGCACCCGGGUCAAGUUGAAAAUCCUGCCCCAUCUGAUGCGCUCUCGCCUAGCGGCCGAGAGCUUUCCAGCCAACAUCCAGGUCGUGUAUGAUGGCUUGUUUGGUCCAAACACCAAUAAUAAGCUGCGCUCACUGGCUCUGCAGUUUGUGCAUCACAUCUGUGCUGUGUGUCCAGAUACUAAUAAGCCUCUUGGUCUCAUGCUUCUUAACGGCCUCACAAAGCUCAUUAAUGAGUAUAAAGAGGACCCGAAGUUGCUGUGUGUAGCCUACUCUGCUGUGGGGAAGCUAUCAAGCCGCAUACCACAGCUCUUCACCAAAGACAUAGCCAUUGUUCAGCAGUUUUUUGAAGCAAUGUGCAAGGAAGAAUCUGAUGUCAGGCUGGCCAUCCAGGAGGCUCUGUCUAUGAUGGUGGGGGCCUACGUUCACCUGCAGGGGGCACGACUUAACAUCAUGGAGGCCCUGGUUGCUGCUUACAUAGGAAAACCAGAAGUGCAAGUACGUCAGGUGGCCAUGAAGUUUGCCAGCACCGUGUUUGCUUCUGAUCACGUACCUUCCAGAUACCUACUGCUGUUGGCUGCCGGUGACCCGCGAGAGGAAGUCCAUGGUGAAGCCCAGCGUGUCUUGAGAGCCCUCCCUGCCCAGGGUACAGAGAAGGAGGGCUCCAGGUCCAUGCCACCCUUCCCCGAAAUGGUCAGCUACAUCCAGGAGAAGGCUGCUCAGAGGAUGAAAACUCCAGCCAAGUACAUUGUUGGGACCUACACUCUUCCUUUUAACCCUUCUGCAUUUGGAGAGAUUAUCCUUUACCUGCGGAUGUGUCUCGCUCACAGUGCCGGGGCCACGCCCACCUCCCAGAGCCUGGCCGACAUGCAAGACAGCGCCCCUGCGAUUGGGCGCUAUGUGCAGAGCCUCCUAGAGGCCGAGCCUCUCCCUUCCUCCCCUGCCCCUAAGGGUGGCGAGUCCAACCCAGUUCAGGUGUACAUGGACCUGCUUCAUCAGCUUUUAUCUGCAAUCGGGGGAGUUCCUGUGAUGUACUGUCUAUUGGAGGUCGUGUCUGUCUGUCCCCAAAAACUCGCUCCUAAAUUUAUAGACAAAAUAGACUGGAUCAAGGGUCUGAUGAACACCAACAAAGAAGACAUGCGGGAGCUCGCAGCCCAGCUGUACGCUGUGGUUGUGUCCACUAUGUCUGGUAAUGAGCUGAGAACAGCUGUUCAGAACCUGGUGAAGAUCGCAAAUGAUGCCCACAGCCCGGAAUCUCAGCACGGAGCCAUCUUGGCUCUGGGUUACAUGGUGGGCCGGUACCUUAGAAAAAAGAAGGCUCUGAGAGUGGGCGACUCUUGUGGUCAAGAGCAGCUGAUGAGUGCUACUCCUCAGGAAGAUGAAGAACUCAUCUCCUCAGCCACCAAGACCAUCGGUUCGUUCCUGGACAGCAACUCACCCGUUCUCACGGUAGCUGCCUGCACAGCCUUGGGCGAGGUGGGCCGCAAUGGGUCCCUGUUGAUUCCCAACGAAGGGGAGGGCUUCACCAAGCUGUAUAUGGUAGACAACCUGCUUUCAAGAAUCCCCUCUGGCAAGGAGACUACCAAGAUGAAGGAGCGGGCCAUUCAGACCUUGGGCUACUUCCCGGUGGGAGAUGGAGAGUUUGCUCAUCAGAAGAAAGUGCUGCAGGGACUCAUGGACUCUGUGGAGGCAAAGCAGGUGGAGCUACAGUUCACGGUGGGCGAGGCCAUCACAAGCGCAGCCGUGGGCACCAGCUCAGGAGCCGUCCGUGAUGUGUGGACCUGCACUGAGGAGGAGUACACUCCCCCAGGCGAUGUGAAGAGUAAUGACGUGGUACCCUGGGUGCUCAGCACCAUCCUGGCUAAACACAUCUCCAGCCAGAACCCGCACGUGCGUCAGGCCUCCUGCAUCUGGCUACUGUCACUGGUCAAGAAGCUUGGCCAACACAAGGAGAUCAGGUCACAUUUGAAGGAAAUCCAGUCGGCGUUUAUCUCUGUGCUCUCUGAUCCAGAUGAUCUGAGCCAGGACGUCGCUUCCAAAGGCCUGGGCCUGGUAUACGAGCUGGGUAGUGAGCAGGACCAGCAGGAGCUGGUGUCCACCCUGGUGGAGACGCUCAUGACGGGAAAAAGGGCCAAACAUGCAGUUUCUGAGGACACUGAGGUAUUUCAGGAGGGAUCGCUGGGAAAAGCACCCGAUGGUCAAGGUCUGUCCACCUACAAAGAGCUCUGCGCUCUGGCCAGUGAUCUAAACCAGCCAGACCUGGUCUACAAGUUCAUGAACCUCGCCAACCACCAUGCUAUGUGGAACUCCAGAAAGGGUGCUGCGUUUGGGUUCAACAUAAUUGCAGCGAAAGCUGGAGAGCAGUUAGCCCCAUUUUUACCCCAGCUGGUGCCCCGGCUGUACCGGUACCAGUUUGACCCGAACCUUUCAAUCCGUCAAGCUAUGACCAGCAUCUGGGAUGCCCUUGUCACGGACAAAACGAUUGUUGACAAAUAUUUGAAAGAAAUAUUACAGGAUGUUUUAUCGAACCUAACUAAUAAUAUGUGGAGAGUUCGAGAAUCGAGCUGUUUGGCCCUCAAUGACUUACUUAGAGGAAGGGCGAUGGAUGAUGUCAUUGACAAGCUUGCUGAGAUGUGGGAGACGCUAUUUAGAGUACGGGAUGACAUAAAGGAGUCUGUGCGGAAAGCGGCUGAUUUGACCCUGAAGACGCUCAGCAAGGUCUGUGUGCGCAUGUGUGAGUCCACUGGGUCAGUGGCCCAGCACACUGUGGGGGUCCUUCUGCCUGUCUUGCUGGACAACGGCCUCGUGAGCAAUGUGGUGGAGGUUCGCACCCUCAGCAUCCAGACGCUGGUGAAGGUGAGCAAGAGUGCGGGCGGACGACUGAAGCCCCACGCUGCUCGCCUCAUCCCAGCCCUCCUGGAGUCCCUCACGACACUGGAGCCACAGGUUCUCAACUACCUGAGCUUGAGGGCCAGUGAGCAGGAGAAGGCAGCAAUGGACACAGCAAGACUCAGUGCUGCAAAGUCCUCCCCAAUGAUGGAGACUAUCAACAUGUGUUUGCAGCACUUGGAUGUGUCUGUCCUCGGAGAACUGGUGCCCAGGCUGUGUGACCUGCUCAAGAGUGCUGUGGGUCUGGGAACAAAGGGGGCAUGUGCCAGUGUCAUCGUUUCGCUCACCGUUCAGUGUCCCCAGGACAUGACUCCAUAUUCAGGUAAACUGAUGAGCGCCCUGCUCAGUGGAAUACUGGAUCGCAGCAGUGUCAUUCAGAAGUCCUUUGCUUUCGCUCUGGGCCACCUGGUUCGGACUGCAAAGGACAGUAGUGUUGAAAAACUGUUCCAGAAGCUCAAUACCUGGUACCUGGAAAAGGAAGAGGCCAUGUACAAGAGCUGCUGUGCGCUGACAGCACACGCCAUCAGCAACUACAGUCCUGACGUGCUGAAGAACCAUGCAGAGCUUGCGCUACCUCUGGCCUUCCUGGGCAUGCACGAGGUCCUCGACGAGGAGAAGGGCGAGGGUUCGGGCCCUGGGCUCUGGACCGAGGUGUGGCAGGAGCACGUACCCGGCAGCUUCGGUGGAAUCAGAUUGUACAUGGUGGAGCUGAUAGCCAUUACCCAGAAGGCAUUGCAGUCGCAGUCGUGGAAGAUGAAAGCCCAGGGGGCAGCUGCCAUGGCCUCCAUAGCCAAGCAGCAGACGGGCUCUCUGGUGGCCCCUCACCUGGGAAUGGUGCUGAGCGCCCUGCUGCAUGGGUUGGCUGGACGUACCUGGGCAGGCAAGGAGGAGUUGCUGAAGGCCAUUGGUUCAGUGGUGUCUAAGUGCAGCACGGAGCUGCAGAAGCCUGCGCCUGGUCAGCCUAGUAUUCCAGAGAUCAUCGAUAUGGUGCUGAAGGAGUGCCGCAAGGAGAUCCUCAGCUACAAAAUGGCAGCUCUCAGGUGCGUAGGAGAUGUCCUGGAGUCCACCCAGGAAGACCGUUUCCAGGAACUGGCUGACAUCCUUAUUCCUUUGAUAAAAAAGAAUUCCCCUAGCAAUGCAUCUAAGAAAAACACAGAAGAUGACGAAGAUGACACUGAUGAGAAGGAGCGGGAACUGCAGGCGGAGGCGCUGCUCUGUGCCUUUGAGACUUUAGGCAAAGCUUGGCCCAAAACACCUGAGACCCAGGGUCGGUACCAGUUGGAGGUGUGUCAUCUGAUGUGUGACAAGCUGAAGCUCAGUACAUGGCGGGUUCAGCUGGGGGUCCUGCAGUCAAUGAAGGUGUAUUUCCAAGGGCUUUUACUUCUGGAAAAGGAGCACCAGGAUGUCACAGCAUUGUCUGAAAUCUUAACAGAAACAUGCACUGCUAUUGUAUUUCCAUUAGAAAACAAGAGUUAUUCCUCUGUGAGGACAGAGGCCUUAUCUAUUGUUGAAGUCCUUCUGAAAAGAGUAGAUGAGAGUAGCCGUUGGGAGAGCCUGUCGGAGAAGAGCCGGGACCAGCUCCUCCGAUCUCUCGGCACCAUGGGCGCUGACAGCCGCCCAGAGUUAAAGGAGAAGGCGCUAGAGCUGAGGAAGCAGCUUCAGAGCCAUUCAUGAACUUCCCACCCCCUCCCUUCCUAAUUCACAUCACCUGACAGGAUCCCAGUGGCUCCUAUUAUUCUGUGCCUGAAUAAAACCCCGUUUGCAACAUCCCUUCACCUUCAGGAAUGUGCCAUCAUAUUUUACUGUCCAUAAACAUGGUUCCCACAUCUUUGAAAGAUGUCUAAAAGUCUGAGGCCACUGAAUCCAAUUAUUUUGAACUUUUUAAAGAAAAGUGAUGCUAAUGUCAACUUGGCAGAAAAGAUUUAACAACUCUGGCAGUUAUCUUUAAUAUUAGUUUAUUAUGGCGGGGGUCCUAUACAGUUUGAGCCACAUAAA